UUGGGGUGAAGUGUUUUGUUGCCGCGACAUUUUGAAAGGGCACAAUGUGGAAAGCCAAAAAUUGAGUAACCUUUAACCCUGAACUGGUCUGGACGGGCACGACUGCGGCUUGAAUAAUGCAAAACCCGCAGGAGACCUUCACCUUCCGACUUCCAAUGGCUUUGUAACGAGCGAUAUUGGACGAAGACCAGAUCCUCCAGCUUGAGAUCAAUGGAUGGACAAGGAGACGGAGACCACAACGGCCCGAAUCGCCACCAUAUUCAUAUUCCAACUGAAGAUCAACCACCGAACGGAGACAAUAAUGACAUGGAAUUUAUCUUCCUCUUGCAUUUUAUCAUAAAUCAUCACAUGAGGGUCUUUAGACAAAACCAAAUUGGAUUUGUCAAUGAAAACAUCGUGAAUGUCCACAUUGAAAAUCACGCAGCUCAUAUUCAUCAGGUGAUUGAAGAGAACGAAGAAAAUGAAGACGAAUCGGACAAUGAUUUCUCAGCCGAGGUUCAGAUGGUAGUCAACCAGGUGAUAGAAGAAGAGGAGGAAGAAGAAGAAGAAGAACCUCAGCCAGGACCAUCAAGAUACAGAUCGAGAGAUGAGGCUGAACAGGAUGAGGAAACGAGAAUUAGGAAAUGUUCUCGGUGGUGGCAUGAGUUUGACAACACCUCUGACAGCAGUGUGGACCUAGACAAUGAUGAAGAACCGCUGCUAUCCAGAUCCGACACAAGGUCAAGAGAUCGUUUGGAUUCAGACGACAAUGAAUCGGUCGAAUGUGUCCAUGAACUUGCUAAAAACUGUCGUGAUCUAGCCGAGGACAGGCUUGGGUCCACGGAGAGCGCAGACCUCAGUGGGCAAGAAGGAAAGAAAAACUCUCUGUCCGGACCUUUGGGGACUCGCUCGACAGAUGAGGCUGGACACAAGAUCGAGACAACGGGUAGCAAAUAUUUCCAGUGGUGGCUUGGAGUUGAAGAUAACAGCUCGGACAGUGGCAGUGACUUAGAUGGUGGAGAAAACCCUCUGCCUGGUGAUUCUGGAAACAAGUCCAGAGAUGAUUUGGAGUCAGGAGGUGAAAAGAUAAGGAAUGAUUUCAGACCGCAGGAAGAUGUUUCGUCGAUGCCUAACUGCGUCCGUCAGGUGGCACGGAGCAUUCAAGAAAUUGAUCUGGUUGAUGAUGAGGGGCAAUCUUCCAUAGAGGACGAAAGUUGUAGGGCGCAAGAGGGAGAAGAACAUUCAGGACCAUCAAAGACGGGGUGAGGACUGACAUGAAUUUGUUUUCAUGAAAAAGGAUCUGAUAAAAAAAAAAAAUUCGCUCAAGGAGGACGAAAGUAUGAGUGAUCGAGAGGCGAUGGAUCACUUGCUCUUGGCGGAGUGGUGGACGGAAAACAGCGGCUAAGCAAGAUAGAAGUACAACAAAAGGAGUUUCACUACAUACGGACAGUCAGCCGCACUUUCCAGAUGCUACUUGAGUCGAAAGGAUUCUUUAAAAGAGAUUCGGCCUUGUGGAGAGGAGGUCAAGGCAUUUCAUCAAGCAGCGGGAGGUGCCACUGAGACUGGGGGAGGUGUUCGCACAGUCAAGGUUCAAAGAGGCCAGACCUUGUCACGCUCCGUUGCACACGGCAGAGGCGAGCAGUACAACUGAGAGUCAACGGGUCCAGCGCUCCGUUCUUUAUCCACUGUAGAUCAAUGUUUUAUAGCGAUCUAAUCAAUAGAGAAUGGUUACUCACAUAUUUUUUGUGAUUUCAAACGUAGCCCUUUAUCGGGCAAUGUGCCCUUUUUGGUCAAUAAACUGGGUGUUAAAUACGGACUCUGCACAC